GGAGAAGGGUUGAAAAAAGGUGGGGGGUUCUGUUAACUUGUCUCACUAUUCGCGGGGUCUACCUUGAUUUAGCUAGCUCUUUAACAACAAGCUCGUGCAUAAUGGUGAUCCGCAACUUCAUUGUGCGACGAGGAACACCUUCCGUUUUCUACAGCGACAGAGGAACUAACUUCAUCGGAGCCGAUCGGGAGUUGAAGCAAGCCCUGCAAGACGUCGACCAGCACAAGAUGGCUCAGGAGUUUGUUUCGGCGACCACCACUUGGUGUUUUAAUCCACCGGCAGCUCCCCAUAUGGGGGGGAGCUGGGAACGACUCGUGCAGUCCGUCAAGCGCACCUUAGUGGAACUGCAGCUACCCCAUCGCCCGAAGGAGGAAGAACUGAGGAGUGCUCUGGUCGAGAUCGAAGGCAUCAUCAACGCACGGCCGCUUACCCACGUACCCAUCGAAGACGAUGCCGCACCAGCGCUCACACCGAACCAUUGGCUGCUGGGCAGUUCCGACGGAUUCAAACCAUGGACCGAACUGGAAGUCAACUCCAUCGCUUUGAGUCGAGGUUGGCAUCUAUCGCAGCAGAUCGCGAACCACUUCUGGAAAAGAUGGCUGCGGGAGUACCUGCCGGAGAUCACCAGGCGUUCUAAGUGGCAUGAGAACGUACCACCGAUCAAAGAAGGCGACAUCGUGGUCAUCGUCGACUCGGAGCUGCCAAGGAAUUGCUGGCCCAAGGGACGAGUUAUCGGAACGGUAAAUCGAGACGGGCAGGUGCGUACGGUAACAAUAAAGACGGCGAAAGGUGUCUACGAGAGACCGGCUGUAAAGGUUGCAGUGAUAGACGUAAGAGCUAAGAAGGAGUUUGCUGACUCAGAGGCGGAGUCAGCAAACUAGGGGGGAGUGUCACUGAACUGACUUUCGAUACCGAAAGUGCCAUUGAACGCACUCGCGCAAUGACAGCAGGAGAAUUCGAAGAUGCGUUCGAAUGUGUAGGUGAGAAGUGAGUUCAGGAGUAUAGGCGGGAAAAUAAAAGCGAGAUAGAUUAGUAAACAAAACAAAGAUUGUUGAAAUCAAGUAUUGUAGUUUGGUGAUCCGAAGCUAAUUAGUGCACAGUGGUUAUUGUGAAAUUCAAAUACUUACCCUAAAUUAAAGUGCUAAGGUAGGCCUGGAAUUAGAUUGGAAUUGUGCAACAUAAGUUCUAACAUAAAAUCUAUCUCUGUCUAGGCAAUUGCAAGUACUUAUUAGUACGGAAGGGUGCGAAGUGAAACUGCGCAGGAAAGUUGAACCCAGGUCACAAUACCACGCAGCGAAGCGUUUUAAGUUCGGAGUCGCCAGACCAAUUAAACUCCAGCUAAGGUGAGAAAUCGAUAGAGAAAGUUGAUUUAUCUCUAACCUAGGUCUUUAAGGUGUAGGACUAGUGGAAAGCGAAAGGCUGAAAUCAAGGCAGAAGGAAGCGAAAGGCUGAAAUCGAGGCAGAAGGAAACGUAUAGAGAGUUCACUAAACGUAAGAUUGAGAAUUGUAAAGAUUAUUCCUAUAUUUAAUCAAUAUUGAAAUCGUAGGAAUUUAAAACGUGUCCCGGUAGAGCUUCGAACGGACAAAUAAAAGGGAACGUUACGAAUUUGAAAACGAACUUUCAUUGUUACCGCGAUCCGGAAGUAACAAUU